GACAGUCAUUUAACGUGUUACGGUGGCCGGUGUCGUAUAUUUUGCAGAAUCACCAUGGCGCUGAAGGAGACCGCUGGGCUGUAUGAGACACUUAAAGCGGAGUGGAACAAGAAAAAUCCAAACCUAAACAAAUGUGGAGACCUUCUGAGCAAGCUUAAGAUUUCAUUAUUGGAUCUGAACUUUUUACCUACCGGUGGAUCCUCUCUCACCAAGCAGCAGCUCAUUUUAGCUCGUGAUGUACUUGAAAUAGGAGCCUUAUGGAGCAUCCUCAAGAAGGACAUCCCAUCCUUUGAGCGAUACAUGGCCCAGCUAAAAUGUUACUACUUUGAUUACAAGGAAGAGCUGCCUGAAGCUGCUUACAUGCAUCAGUUACUUGGACUGAACCUGCUCUUCCUGCUUUCGCAGAAUCGCGUGUCUGAGUUUCACACAGAACUCGAACGAUUGAGUGCUAGAGAUAUUCAGACCAACGUGUACAUCAGACACCCAGUGUCUCUAGAGCAGUACUUGAUGGAGGGAAGCUACAACAAAGUAUUCCUAGCCAAAGGCAACAUCCCUGCUGAGAGCUACACCUUUUUUAUAGAUAUUCUUCUGGACACAAUUCGCGAUGAGAUUGCAGGUUGCAUAGAGAAGGCGUAUGAGCAGAUCCAGUUCAGUGAAGCUACCCGUGUGCUUUUCUUCAGUUCCCCCAAAAAGAUGACAGAGUAUGCCAAGAAGAGAGGAUGGAAUUUGAGUGCAGAUGGCUAUUACUCUUUCACCAAUCAGCAACAGCGGACAGAGGAGGUGAACAUCCCUUCUACUGAGCUGGCACAACAGGUCAUCGAAUACGCACGACAGCUGGAAAUGAUUGUGUAAUCCGCCCCCAGGAACACACUCAACCAUGUACAGAUGCACUCAGACAAACACGCCACUGGUCCAGUAUACAUCCAGUCAGCUCAAACACAGUUUCACUAAGGGAUAUGACUUCCUUUAUUGCCAGAGUGGUUUAUUUGUUUCCUAUGCCUCACAAAUCAACUGGCAUCCAUUAUUCCUGUUUUCCCAAAUCUACCUGGAAGUCUAAAGAUUGGUUUUUAUUUUAAUACAAACCCCCCCCCACUAAAAAUAUCACUUUGGUCUAAUUAGCAGUUGCUAUAUAAAUAUCUAUAUUGCAGACAUGUGAGGGUCUGAGUGUUUAAAGCUGGUUCUUUUAUUCAAAAUACCAUCUGUCCAACAUUAAAUUUUAGUUUUCUUUAGUCAUUCCCAGAUAUUUUUUUAACCACUGGGUCUCUUCUUUUUCAACUGUAAGAAAGUUUAAAGUCAUCACCCUAAUUUUGGUAUUCAAUGUCAAACAACUGUCAAUAAUCUCACCAUUUUUUUUCCUGAACUUCAAAUUCUUUUUGUAUCAAAGUUUUCUCUCUUGGGUAGAACAAAAAUAAAUGUAUUGCCCUUGCCUUGUAUCUAAAAUUGCCACUGAAGUUUGUGUUUGACUCUUCCUCACUAGACAUUUUGUAAACACAUUGAUCUACAAUAAAUGAUUCAUAAAACAAA